AUGGAAUACGAACACCUAUUGGCCGGUCUGUGUUGCGAAAUAUUUCACAAUAGUAAAAUGGCUUGCGCCCACUUUAUAUUUCUAUUUGCAAACAUUGUGGCUCUGCAUUUAAUAAUAAUGCAAGCCAAAUCUUCUUUCAAAUUCACCAACUUGAAGUGCUUAGAUCAUGAUGUUAAUUUCUCACGUUUUGAAGUAUGCAGACUUAAGGUGAUAGGGCGUGGUGUGGUUACGCUAAAUAUUAAAGUGGCAUUAUAUAAAACUCCUGUUACAAACUCGACGCUCAACAUUGCAUUGUAUAAGAAGGCCAAUGGCUUCAAGCCCUUUCUGUACAACUAUACUGUAGACCUGUGUGCCUUCUUUGCUAACCGCAAAAGAUAUCCAGUGGUAAAAGUGCUAAUGGAAUUAUUCGUUAAUAAUUCAAAUAUAAAUCAUACUUGUCCUUACAAUGAUGCCCUUAUGAUUAAGGAUCUGGUGUUUGAUGAGGACAGGUUUCAAUUGUUACCUAUUCCCGAGGGUGAGUAUAUGAUAAAAGGGAAAGUGUUUGCCUAUAAUGAGCUGAAGGCUACAACCGAAGCAAUGUUUUAUCGUCAAGAUUCAUUAAUGCCUUAA